UUGGCUUUAGUUUGGACCAAAGUAAUCGAAGACAAAGAAAGGAGUGAGAUUGAUGGAGAGACGCAUCUCCGUUUGCAUAUGGUUGAUUCUGGCGUUGAAUUUGUUUUCCAGAGGUGCAGGCAAUGCUGAAGGUGAUGCUUUGAAUGCAUUGAGAGCCAAUUUGGCUGACCCUAAUAACGUGUUUCUAAGCUGGGAUCCAACCCAUGUCAACCCUUGCCUAUGGCAGAAUAUUACUUGUAACAGUGAAAAUAGUGUGAUCAGUGUUGAUCUCAGGAAUGCAAAUCUAUCCGGUCAGCUUGUUCCGGAACUCGGGCAGCUUUCGAAUUUGCAGUACUUGGAGCUGUGUAAUAAUAACAUAUCUGGGACAAUCCCGGAGGAACUUGGAAAUUUGACAACUACUCUGGGCAAACUAAGGAAACUGCGUUUCCUGCGUCUCAACAACAACUCGUUGACAGGUCAAAUUCCUAUGUCCUUAACUUCUAUUGAUACACUGCAAGGGCUGGAUCUUUCAAACAAUCGGCUUGUAGGAGAUGUUCCGGUUAAUGGUUCCUUUUCACGAUUCAAUCCUGUCUGUUUUACUAAUAAUCGACUCAAUGUCCCUCCUCCUGCUCCACCACCACCUACAGCUUCAACUUCAUCUGGUUUGAUCUCCAUUUCAUUCUUAUCAUCUCUAUCAAUAAUUUUUAGGGGAUAUGUCUCAAACUUUCACAAAGAACUUUCAUCAAAUAUCCAAUCUGAUCUAUGAAUUUUGGCUUGAUAU